AUACUUCAGUUAAGUCUAAUAUAUAUCGAUCACAUCAUAACAAACAUUUACAGAGUACAAAACACUAGCAAUUUUGCAAUAAAAAUAUUCAGCAUGGGAUAUCGUUUAGCACUCGUUUGCUCAGCUAUCGUGUUGCUAAGCAUCUCCGGCUUAAGCCAUGCCGGAGUCACCAGUAGCUACACCAGAGUAGCUGAACCUUCUGAAGAGAUGCCACUUGAAACCUUCCCUCCUCCUGCCGGCUUAAACGCUCCAGAACAAGUACUUUCAAAUUUAUCUAUAUUGAAUCAACUUCUACUAAAAAAAUUUAAAAAAAAAAAGAAUCAACUUCUACUUUUAUUACUUAUAGACUUACGAAAACUCUUUCUCCUUUCUCAGGUUCAUAUAACGCAGGGAGAUCACAACGGUCGAGGUAUGAUAAUCUCGUGGGUGACGCCAAUAAACGAUGAUGGUUCUAACUUCGUUAAAUACUGGAUCGCGGAUAGUGAUGAGAGUACAAAGGAGAGCGCUGAAGCAUCAACGUCGUCCUACACAUACUACGAUUACACCUCUGGUUUUCUUCAUCACGCCACUAUUAAAGGGCUUGAGUAUGAUACUAAGUAUUUCUACGAGCUCGGAACCGGUCGUUCCAGUAGACGUUUCUCUUUCACAACUCCUCCAAAAGCCGGUCCUGAUGUUCCCUAUACAUUUGGCGUCAUUGGUGAUCUAGGGCAAACCUAUGCCUCUAACCAGACAUUGUAUCAUUACAUGUCGAACCCUAAAGGCCAAGCUGUUCUUUUUGUUGGAGAUUUGUCGUACGCGGAUGACCACCCGAACCACGACCAAAGAAAAUGGGAUUCUUAUGGCCGAUUUGUGGAACCAAGUGCUGCGUAUCAGCCUUGGAUAUGGGCUGCAGGGAACCACGAAAUUGAUUUUGCACAAUCAAUAGGCGAGACUCAGGCUUUCAAGCCGUACAAAAACCGUUACCACGUUCCCUAUAGAGCCUCGAAGAGCACUUCUCCACUUUGGUACUCAAUAAAACGAGCCUCAGCAUACAUCAUCGUACUCUCCUCUUACUCAGCUUUUGACAAGUAUACACCACAAAACUCGUGGCUCGAGAGUGAGCUCAAGAAAGUAAACAGAGAAGAAACUCCUUGGUUGAUUGUUCUUGUUCACUCGCCAUGGUACAACAGCAAUGGUUAUCACUAUAUGGAAGGUGAAAGCAUGAGAGUCACGUUCGAGCCAUGGUUCGUCGAAAACAAGGUCGAUAUUGUCUUUGCCGGUCAUGUUCAUGCGUACGAGCGAUCAGAGCGUGUCUCCAAUAUCAAGUACAAUAUCACUGAUGGUUUGAGUUCUCCAGUUAAAAAUCCAUCUGCUCCUAUUUAUAUCACCAUUGGGGAUGGAGGCAACAUAGAAGGAAUCGCUAACGAAUACACGUACCCGCAACCGAGUUACUCGGCUUAUAGGGAAGCUAGUUUCGGACACGCUCUCCUAGAGAUAAAGAACAGGACACACGCCCUUUACACUUGGCAUAGGAACCAAGAUGACGAGCCAGUUAUAGCCGACUCUCUGUGGGUGAAGAAUAGACACUUCUUGCCGGAGGAGGAGGAGACACUUUCCGGCGACUCGAGUGCCUGAUUUGCUUUUGUUUUUUCUAGUUUUAAUUUUCCUUUUUUUUUCUUAGGAUUUUUUUUCUCAUUUUAGAAAAAAAUAACGUUAGACAGUGUUCUUUGAACUUUGUUAUGUUUUGUUAGUUUUAUCUACUAGUUGUGUUAUUAUUUUAUUCUAGAAAUGAUAAUAAUUCCAACACGUACAAUACUUUUUUGUGCAUAUCCUUUUGACAAAACCUUAACGACACACAAUAUAAAAUAAAA